AUGGCGAUUCCAGAGAAGCUAACCGGUUGGAGCCUGCUGAUGCUGCUGUGCCUUUCUCUGGAGCUACUGUUGGAAGCUGGGGCUGGAAACAUCCGAUACUCCGUGCCAGAAGAAACCGACAAAGGCUCCUUCGUGGGCAGCAUCGCCAAGGACCUGGGACUGGAAACCCGGGAGCUGGCGGAGCGCAGGAUCCGCAUCGUCUCCAGAGGUAGGUCGCAGCUUUUCUCCCUGAACCCGCGAAGCGGCAGCUUGGUCACCGCGGGCAGGAUAGACCGGGAAGAGCUGUGCGCUCAGAGCGUGCCGUGUGUCGUGAGCUUUAACAUCCUUAUGGAGGAUAAAGUAAAGCUUGUCCCUAUCGAAGUAGAGAUAAUUGAUAUCAAUGACAACACUCCCCAAUUCCAGUUAGAAGAGCUAGAAUUAAAAAUGAGUGAAAUAACGACCCCAGGUACCAGGAUCCCUUUGCCUCUCGGGCAAGACCUGGAUGUGGGUAUAAAUUCACUUCAGAGCUACCAGCUAAGCGCCAACCCUCACUUCUUCCUGGAUGUGCAACAGGGACCUGAUGGACCACAACAGCCGGAGAUGGUACUGCAGAGACCUCUAGACAGAGAAAAAGAUGCUGUUCAUUACCUGAUCCUCACUGCCUCUGAUGGGGGCAACCCAAUACAUUCAGGGACUUUGCAAAUUCAUGUUCAGGUGGUAGAUGUGAACGACAACCCACCAGCAUUUACUCAGGCAGAGUAUCACGUGAGAGUCCCUGAGAACGUUCCAUUAGGCACUCGGCUUCUCAAGGUGAAUGCCUCUGACCCGGAUGAGGGAGCUAAUGGCAGAGUAACCUACUCCUUUCACAAUGUAGACCACAGCGUGGUCCGGAAAUUUCAGUUGGAUUCUUACACAGGAGAACUAUCGAAUAAAGAACCACUAGACUUUGAAGAAUACAAAGUUUAUCCAAUGGAAAUUCAAGCUCAGGAUGGUGCUGGACUCAUGGCCAGAGCGAAGGUGCUGGUCACUGUUUUGGAUGUUAAUGAUAAUGCCCCAGAAAUUGGAGUCACGUCUGUAACUACCACAAUACCAGAAAACUUUCCUCCUGGGACCAUAGUUGCUCUCAUCAGUGUGCAUGAUCAAGACGCUGAUGACAAUGGUCACACCACUUGUUCCAUUCCUGGCAACCUACCCUUUAAACUGGAAAAGUUAGUGGACAAUUAUUACCGCUUAGUAACAGAAAGAACACUGGACAGAGAACAUAGCUCUAGGUACAACAUCACAAUAACAGCAACAGAUCAGGGAACUCCACCCCUAUCUACCCAGGCUCACAUCUCACUGCUAGUGACAGAUAUCAAUGACAACCCUCCAGUUUUCGAACAGGACUCCUAUUCUGUCUACAUCCCUGAAAACAACCCCAGAGGGGCUUCCAUCUUCUCAGUAAAGGCCCAGGAUGCUGACCACAAUGAGAAUGCUCUAGUGACUUACGCCCUGGUGGAAGACACUAUUCAGGGAGUACCUUUGUCUUCUUAUUUCUCCAUCAACUCUGACACUGGAGUUGUCUAUGCACUGCAAUCCUUUGACUAUGAGCAGUUUCGAGAUUUGCAGCUAAGAGUGAUGGCCCGUGAUAGUGGGAACCCACAACUCAGCAGCAAUGUAUCUCUGAGUCUAUUCAUGAUAGAUCAGAAUGACAACGCCCCAGAGAUCCUGUACCCUGUCCUCCCCACUGAUGGCUCCACUGGUGUGGAGCUAGCACCUCGAUCUGCCGAGCCCGGUUACCUGGUGACCAAGGUAGUAGCAGUAGACAAAGACUCAGGACAGAACUCCUGGCUGUCCUACCGUCUGCUCAAAGCCAGCGAGCCAGGGCUCUUCUCGGUGGGGCUGCACACAGGUGAGGUACGCACAGCUCGGGCCCUGCUGGACAGAGAUGCUCUCAAACAGAGCCUGGUGGUGGCUGUGCAGGACCACGGCCAGCCUCCUCUGUCCACCACAGUCACAUUUACUAUAGCAGUGGCUGACAACAUCCCUGACCUCCUGGCUGACCUGGGCAGCAUUGGGACCCCUGCUGACCCCCAGGAUUCAGAUCUCACACUCUACCUGGUGGUGGCAGUGGCCGUAGUCUCCUGCAUCUUCCUAGCCUUUGUAAUAGUGCUCUUGGUGCUCAAGCUGCGACAUUGGCACUCCUCACGCUUGCUCCAGACUGCAGCAAAUGGACUGACUGACCUGCCCACCUCCAACUUUGUAGGUGUUGAUGGGGUACAUGCAUUUCUACAGACCUAUUCCCAUGAGAUCUCACUCACUGCUGACUCUCGUAAGAGCCACUUGAUCUUCCCGCAACCCAACUACGCAGACACACUCAUCAGCCAAGAGAGCUGUGAGAAAAAAGAAUUUCUGUCAGCACCACAGUCUCUGCUUGAAGAUAAAGAGGAAAUAUUUUCUCAGCAAGCCCCGCCCAACACUGACUGGCGUUUCUCUCAAGCCCAGAGACCCGGCACGAGCGGAUCCCAAAAUGGGGAUGAAACCGGCACCUGGCCCAACAACCAGUUCGAUACAGAGAUGCUGCAAGCCAUGAUCUUGGCCUCUGCCAGUGAAGCCGCUGAUGGGAGCUCCACUCUGGGAGGGGGCACUGGCACUAUGGGUUUGAGCGCUCGAUAUGGACCCCAGUUUACCCUGCAGCACGUGCCUGACUACCGCCAGAACGUGUACAUCCCUGGCAGCAAUGCCACACUGACCAACGCAGCUGGCAAACGAGAUGGCAAGGCUCCGGCAGGCGGCAAUGGCAACAAGAAGAAGUCGGGCAAGAAAGAGAAGAAGUAAUAUGGAGGCCAGGCCUUGAGCCACAGGGCAGCCUCCCUCCCCAGCCAGUCCAGCUUGUCCUUACUUGUACCCAGGCCUCAGAAUUUCAGGGCUCACCCCAGGAUUCUGGUAGGAGCCACAGCCAGGCCAUGCUCCCCGUUGGGAAACAGAAACAAGUGCCCAAGCCAACACCCCCUCUUUGUACCCUAGGGGGGUUGAAUAUGCAAAGAGAGUUCUGCUGGGACCCCCUAUCCAAUCAGUGAUUGUACCCACAUAGGUAGCAGGGUUAGUGUGGAUACACACACACACACACACACACACACACACACACACACAAACACCAUGCCACACUCCCCUAGUUACAGCUGAACUCCCCAUCUUCCAACCCAGUCAGGCUCAUUCAUCUCCAGCCUCCCUCUCCCCACCCCACCCUUUCAGUCAACACCCUCUCUUUGAGCCAGGUAGUUGGGCUGUUGGGGUGACAGGUGAGCUAAGGGGGCUCCUAGUUCUGAACAGGUGGGAGAGUAUUACAAUCCUUUGGCCUCUCCUUCAGUUCAGCUGUCCCCCAAAGCAUGGUUUGGUACCAGUCUUCUCAUUUCCUCCUAGAGCCUGAGACCAAUGCUUAAGUUUUGGGGAACAGUCACCAUGCCCCUGGUACUGAUGAUGCUUGCUGGAUUUUUGGGAAGGCAUUUUGCUACUAAGCCUCUUUUCAAUGCCUGGGGACUACCAGUCUUCUGUUCUCCAUUGUUUGAUGUUCCCACUGCAUGCUGUGACUUCCUACUCCUCAAAGAAGAGACUCCUUUGCAUGUCUGGAGACAGUAGGGGGUGGUAAACUAAAGGGAAGCUGAGUGUAUACUGCUGGGAGUGGGGGCAGUGGACAAAACAGCCUGUUAAUAGGGUCUUGCAAGGGGCUCUGUACGUACCCAGGGUACUGGCUCAAUCCUCAAAUUCUAGCCAUAGACAAACAUCAGGCCAGACCCCUCCCUCCUGGUUCAGCCUGGGCAGCUUGGGCUGAGCCACCAGGACCAAUGGAUUUAAGCUGACAUUUCAGUCCAAGAAGACUUCUAAGUGAGUUUAAGACCAGAGAGGAAAGAGGGGCCUCUGUGGGUGCUGGGUACUCCAGAGGUGCCCUUGGUGGGAGGGUCAGUGGUCCUAGCAGGAAGGGAGCCCAGCAAGGUCAUUCUUGGACCCUGGGUCUAGUCCGGUAGCUAGAACAAGGGACCAAGUGGCUAUAAAGUCUCAGCCAAUGAUGAGGCUUUUCCCCUGGGCCUCUGGGCCCCUGUAUUCCUCAAGCCCCUGGCCUCCACCUUACCAGGUGCCAUUUCUCAGAAGGCCACUGCCCAGGCCCCCAGGCCGCCCCCUCGUGGCCACAGACCGGUUAAAGCCCCCCAGUGCCUCCUUGUGCAUAGAACUUCCUCUGCCCGAGCCCUUACAGUAGUGUAGAAGCCCCCUUCCUCCUCCCGCUGGUGUAGAAUAGCCAAUAGUAUAGUGUGGUGUGCUUUUACGUGAUGGCGAGUGGGCAGCGGGCGGUGGGCUGUGCGCAGCCGUCUGUCCUUUGAAUCUCAAUCUGCCUGCGCGGCCAGUGCUGUGUUUUGUGCUGUGUCCACACGCUGCGGCGACCCCUCCCUGUACUGACUUCUCUAUAAAAGCUUCUCUUCGCAUAGUCACGUAGCUCCUGCCCAUCCCCCUUCCGAUAUCUCUCGCAAGUUUUAUACUCUAAUAUUUAUAUGGCUUUUUUCUUCGAAAAUUAAAAAUAAAAAAUGGUUUCUUCUG